UUCUUGGAAGUUCCUGCUCUCGAAUCAUCUAGGAAUGGCAGAUCAGCAGCAGCAGGCUCCACCGUCGGAGCCAGAGAGAGGCGAUGCCGCGGCGUCCCGAGCUAGGCUGUCUUCGAGGUCCCCCAUGGGGGCGGAGGGGCACCCGGCUCAACUGGAAGCGCCGCCCGUACCGUCCCCGCCGCAGCGGGAGGAGAUGAUGGCCUGCGUGGUGGCGCUUGAGGCGGCGCUUCUCCCUUGCCUCCCCGCCCGCGAGCUCCAGGCCGUCGACCGCUCCGUCCACUGCUCCCACCAGAUUGAUGUUGAACGACACGCACGAGAAUUUAUGGAGGCCGCUAAAAAGCUCCAACUGUAUUUCGUCGGGCUGCAGCGUGAGGACGAACCCACCAAGGAGGAAAUGCUUCGCAAGGAGAUAUCCGUGAUGGAGGAAGAGUUAAAAACUAAAACCGAGUUGAUCAAGAAGCAUCAGAGGCUGAUUGAUGGGUGGAGGAAAGAGUUAAAAGAACAGCUGGAGAAGCACGUCACAGAAUUGGAGACGGUGUAGAACCUGGAAUUUGCAUUCAACCACGAGGAAAGUUUUUGUGCUAAACAAGGAAGAAAUGAUCCUUUUCUGGCUUACUUAACUGCCCAACGAUAACAGUUUUUAUGUGCUAAAAGUUUGAUUAGAAUAAAAUGCAAUGUCAGCAUAUACUUCUCGAUA